AUGGAGGGUCGACAAGCACCCGCACACAGGUUUGCGCCUCUCACGGAGGUGGAGCUACACGUCCAGAAAGCCUUGCAGCAGCUGGCGGCAGAGCGGCAGACGAGCUGCGUGGCUGGACCUUCGGUGCCGGCUCAGGCAAAUCGUCUCCAGUGCCUCCACAUUCUACCCUGCCGUGCCCACCGUGCAGGCUGCACCCCGAACCCCCGUGCCCACCGUGCAGGCUGCACCCUGACCUCCUGUGCCCACCGUGCAGGCUGCGCCCUGACCCCCCGUGCCCACCGUGCAGGCUAUGCUCUGACCUCCUGUGCCCACCGUGCAGGCUGCGCCCGACCCCCCGUGCCCACCGUGCAGGCUGCACCCGACCCCCCGUGCCCACCGUGCAGGCUGCACCCGACCCCCCGUGCCCACCAUGCUGGCUGCGCCCCGACCCCCCGUGCCCACCGUGCAGGCUGCGCCCCGACCCCCCGUGCCCACCGUGCAGGCUGCACCCGACCCCCCGUGCCCACCGUGCAGGCUGCACCCCGACCCCCCGUGCCCACCAUGCUGGCUGCGCCCCGACCCCCCGUGCCCACCGUGCAGGCUGCACCCCGACCCCCCGUGCCCACCAUGCUGGCUGCGCCCCGACCCCCCGUGCCCACCGUGCAGGCUGCACCCCGACCCCCCGUGCCCACCGUGCAGGCUGCGCCCCGACCCCCCGUGCCCACCGUGCAGGCUGCACCCCGACCCCCCGUGCCCACCGUGCAGGCUGCACUCUGA